UAAUCAAAGAUUGCUAUAAUAGAAGAAACGGAAAUUUCUAUAGUUUGAACCUACUUCUUCUUUGUAUAUUAUAUUCACGGAUUUAUGAAUACUGUAAUAUGUAAAUUCAUUUGAAAUAAAUACAAUUAUAUUCUACGUUUUCAUUAUAGGACCCGCUAUAUGGCGCAUGUUGAAUGGUACACUUCCCCGUAAUUCAAUGUUGAUGGGUUUAAACACAUACUUUAAUACUCGAUUUCCUAACUUUAAUUCGCCAACUCCCGAUGAUCUAUGGAGUUUUAUACAGACUGGUAUAGACGAUAAAUUAAAAAAUAAACUGUAUAAUCUAAGCAUAAAACAGAUAAUGGAUAUUUGGAUUACUCAAACGUAUUGCCCUGUGGUAAACGUGAAACGAGAUUAUUCUGAUAAUCUUGUAAAAAUAUCGAAAGAGAUUAAUGACAAAUUAGAUCGGAAACCAUAUUUUAUACCUGUGAGCUAUGUUAAGGAAACGAACAUCAAUUUUGUCAAUAUCUCGCUACAAAGUUUCAAUUGUUUAACGCAGUCGAAUCCGGAAAUGAAAAUCAACUAUGAUAGUAAAGAUAAAUGGUUCAUGGCCAACAUAUUACAAACUGGAUACUAUCGCGUCAAUUAUGACACCGAAAAUUGGCGAAUGAUCGCGCGUUAUUUAAAAUCCAAAAAAUACGAGAAUAUACAUGUUAUCAAUCGAGCGCAAAUCAUCGAUGAUGCGUUCCAUCUUACGAUAGAGAAGAAACUUGAUUUCUCCAUAUUCUGGGAACUCGCGAGCUACUUACCGCGGGAGAGGAAUUAUGUAGCAUGGUAUCCUAUGAUUAAAGUUUUUGAACGCAUAUCUAGUGUGUUUGCAUUUUCAACUCAUCAUGAACAUCUCAAGAAAAUAAAAAUGUUAAUGGGAAGCUUGUUUAAAGAUAUAGACGAGGAUAUGUACGAUCAAAUGGGACCCGCCAACGAAGACCUUAAUAAAUAUUUAAAACAAGAACUCACGAAAUGGGGAUGUCUUAUCAAUAAUUCUUGGUGCUUGAAGAUGGCCAAAAAACAAUUUGAAUGGCAUCGAUCAGAUCCUGAAACUAGAAAAGUUUUUCCUGGGUGGGAGAAAUUGAUAUCUUGUAAUAGUUUAAAGACUGUAAGCUAUCGGAAAUGGUUCAGUAUAUGGACCAACACCUUGAAUAUAUAUGAAAAGAAAUCUGAUUAUGAAAUAAUGAAAUAUCUUAGUUGCUCUGAUGACCCGCAAAUUAUACUUACUUACCUGAAGUUUAAUUUACCGACGCUUCAGUUGCUGAUAAUCAAAGAUAAAAAUAUGGAUUUUGAAACAUUAAGACGAGAAAAAGAACGUAUUUAUGCUUUAACUACUGAUAUUUUCUUUUCUACUCUCGCCAUGCAUGCUAAGAAUCCUAUAAUACUUAAAGAUAUAUUGGAGAAUUUUGAAAUAAUAAAAAAUAGACUAAUAAUAUCAGAUAAUAACAGCAACAUCAGUACGAUUGCAACAUUAAUUGUCAUUAUUAAUAAUGUGUAUUCCAAGAAUGAACUUGACAUGAUCAAUAAAUUUGCGAAAAAUAUGACGCAAUUAAUUUCGGAUAUUGAACGCAAGAUAACAACGCGUUUGCUUGAGAUCGAGAGUCAGAUAAAAUAUUAUCAAACUGUAUUCCCUCAAUCGUCUUUAAUUACGAUAGAUUCAAUUACAAUACGUCGAACUACAACACGUCUAAGUACAACGCUUUUAACUACAGUGCGUCCAACUAAAAUAUGUCCAACUACAACGCGUGUAACUACAACAACGCAUCCAACUACAACGCGUCCAACUACAACACCUUCAAUUACAACUACACCGACACCUUGGAAUCAAUUAGUUAAUAUGCUUUUAGGCAAACGUGGAUAAAUAAAGUUGUGGAAAAUAAUAAGCGAUAUCUAUAUUGGAUCGUUGAACGCAAGUUAAGAAUACAUUAAUCCAACAAUAAAUUCUACAGUCAGAUGAAAUUUCUUCGAAGUUUAUUCAAAGAGAUCAACAUCAGCUUGUCUAUUAAUUGCUAAAGGUUCAACUACAACACGUUCCAAACAACAACUAAAACUGCAGAGCAUCUAUCAUUUAUAGAGCUAAUAUCCAAUGAUGUAGUCAUAAUAUCUUAUGAUAUAAGAAAGUUGACAUGUGGAAUAUCUUUUCAUAUAUUAUUAUGUAGUAUCUAAUUAUUUAUUAUUUACAUAUAUAUUGUUCU